AUGCAGCUCUUCAGCCUGCACCGGAAAUCAAUUUACGUCCUCUACCAAAACCACCUUUGCUCCUUUUCAACGCUUGCAAUCGCCUUAGUGGUUCUCCUAUCUCUGGUUCUUCCCUACUGUGUCAUAUCGUUCAUCAAUCCGGGAACACUAUGGGAUCGCUAUCGGCUAGUGCACGAACAACCCAAAGUACGCUUCAGCUACCAAUAUCUCUUUUUAGCGGAAAUGGUGGAUGGCCCAGGCGAAGUCAAUCACCAGCCGAUCACAUGCAGCUCGUUCGAGUCGUACAACAUUCUAACCGAACGGUACCAGGAAUGCAAUGCAGUCAAGGCAACGGCGGACGACACCAACAUGGAUGGUAAAAUAGAUAAGCUGAGUGCAUCCGUUACGGUCAGUUUGGCUGAUGACUCAAUGGGACUGGCGUUCUAUACGUUCUAUUUCUUUUUGGAUGCAGAAGUAGAGAGCAACUGCCACUUUUCUAUUCCUGCCCUGGUUUCUCUCAGCAAACAAAUCCCCCCAAUGCAACCCUUCAAGUCCGGCACCAUUUCGCAUCUUGGCCACCUCCGAGCAAGUCAAUCCGCUUCGCUGCAGUGUCCCUUCUUUAUGCGGAACAUCAAAACACAUUUCAACCAUAACUUCCAUCCGAAUGAGAACUUCACCACCGUCGAUCAGUUUUUCCCAGAGUCCAUCUUGCAUAAAAUUGAAUUGUCGAACGCCGCUUUCUUUGAAUUCGAGCAAACACGCACCCAGUGGAGUCGGGACGGAAGUGGCGUCAUCACAAUAAGAGUUGAACUGAUGAUCGGCGGGGAAGAUAGCCAAAAGACUGCUUUGAUGUAUAAUGCUUCCCUGUGGCAAAAGGUGGCCCAAUUUUGGGUUCAGUACUGUUCGGUGCUGGUUGUGUUCCUGUGGAUGGCGGAUAAGCUGAAAGAUUGGCUGUUCGAUGGUUACUGGAUUCGGGCGAUGAUGGUUACUCCAUGGAAGAACAAAAUAGCGUAGGCUUUCGGCAUGUAAUAAAGGAAAUACUUGUUUAUGAAUAAA